UGUGGUGCUUGGCUCCUGCAGGUCCUGGCCCUGGCCGCCGUGGCCGGGCGCCCGCCGGCUGCCCGGCUGCACAGCCCGCCCGCCGGCCCCGAGGACGUCCGCGGCUCGCUGCUGGCCAUGGGCUUCCGCGAGGCCGGCGUGCGCCAGCUGCUCCGCCUGCAGCCGGACGCCGGCCCGCGGCUGCUGGAUGUGCUGGCCGAGCUGCUGCUGCUGGGCCUGCGUCCCGAGCCCGUGUGCGCGGCCGUGCGGAGGAGGCCCUGCCUGCUGGAGCUGCCCGUGGCGCGCGUGCGGCAGCGCUGCGCCUACCUGCGCCGGCUCGGGCUGGGAGAAGGGAAGCUGGAGAGGGUCCUUCGCUGCUGCCCAGAGGUCUUCACCAUGCGCCAGCAGCACCUGGAGCGUCUUGUCGGCGUCCUUAGGGACAAGUGCCUUUUCACAGCCCAGCAGGUAGCUGAGAUCCUGUACCGGUGUCCCCAGGUUCUUCAGGAGGGUCCUGAUGAACUGGAAUACAAGUUCCAGUAUGGGUACUUCAGGAUGGGAGUGAAGCAUGUGGAUGUGGUGAGGACUGAGUUCCUGCGACACCCCAUCACCAGGAUCCGACAGAGACACACGUUCCUUGAGCGCCUGGGACGCUACCAGACCCCUGAUAAGAAGGGGCAGACGCAGAUCCCCAACCCACUGCUCAGGAGCGUCCUCGGUGUACCAGAGGCCGAGUUCUUGUCCCGCAUCGCCUGUUCUUCUCCUGAGGAGUUUGAGGUGUUCAAGAAACUCCUGGCUCGGGAGGAGGAGGAGAAACCUGUGUGCGGGCUGGUGGAGGAGCAGGAGGAAGAGGAGGAGCAGGAGCAGCAGUGAUGGAAGAAUGCAUUCGUGUUUGGGCGCUCCACUUGGGUCCUGUCAGGUAUUUUUAAGUCUGAAGCCAGCCCUUUGUUGAAAAGGUGGCAGAUGACCUGAGGAGGUGUGUUAGUGUGAGCUGUGGGUAGGGUCGGCGGGGGGGUGGCGUGCUCACCCCCCAUAAUAAAAGACACUGCCUGGA